AUGGCCAGCCCGUCUGGUGGGAACCUUUAUCGGGAGGUCAUUGAAGACGGACAGGUCAGAGUGGAUAAUUCGCAGUCGUCGUUUGGUUCACUGUCACAGGUUGAUGAUGCUGUUCGAGACCUACUCCUCCAUCCGAAUGAAAUCGGCCGGUGCCGUGAGAACCCAUUGACACAUAAAGGGAAGCGGAUCCAACUUGCUAAGAUGCUUCUCCUUAUCAUCAUCCCUAUCAUCUCACUAGCCGUACUGGCUGGUAUUGAUCUCCAUGGUAUCGCCUUCAAUAACCGUCUUAAUGUAGAGGUUCGCAAUGUCAUCAGAUUCAGUCGAGAUAUUGGGGUUCUUCUCAGCUGUCUCCAGCGUGAACGAGACAUGGUUGCCCUGUUCGUCAGUGCAAUCAGCCCCGAGCAGGACUCCUUUGUAACCGCCACCUACCCGCAGACUGACGAGGCCCUAGAUGAGCUGAGAGACUGGCCAGUCAAGACGUACAUCGUGGAGGAGUUACCCUUCUUCCGACAGAAGGAAGACUUCAAGGGUUACCUCUCGCAGCACCGACACAAUCUCCACCGCUCCAACACUACGGCCUACCAGGAAAUCGACUUCUAUACGGAUGUAUUGCAAAUCUUCAUCGACUGGCUUUACGACAGCGUGGGUAAUUCCAAUGGGCAUGGAUUGUGGCAGACCCUGGUAUCCUAUCAGCUCCUUAUAGUUAGUAACGUCGACAUUGGUAUCGCCCGUACUCUAGGCUCAAUCUUCUUUGCCCGUGGUGGCUUCAGUAGCUUCAAUGAUUAUGUCUGGUACCUUGGCAAGAACGACGUGGGAACGUGGAACUUCGAGGCAUCGAAGAAGUACUCUCCACUCAUCAAUAGUCUUUACGAAGAGUUCCAGACAACCAUGGAUGCUAACUUCACCAGCACCAUUGAUGACCUGAGGCAGGAGAUUCUCGACAAUGCUGUCGAUGGUUUAGAACCCAACUUUGAGGCAGCUACCCGAUAUUUUGACAGCAUGACCGUAUACAUCAACAUCCUGGAGAGCAUGCAGAAGAAAAUGGCGAACCAAAUCCUGCAACGGUUAGAGAGCGACCUGGACAACGACACCAGUUCCAUCGCUGUCAGUAUCUGCCUGGUUGUCAUCGUCAUUGUCACCUGUCCUCUAAUUCUUAGAGCCUUCUGGUCUCUCACUACUGACAUCCAGAACUACGCCCUCAACCUAGCCAGCCAGACCAAAGCACUCAACAAGCAACGUAAGAAGUCUAAUUGGUUGUUGUAUUCCCUGUUACCGAAGACGGUGGCAGCAGAGUUGAUGUUGAAGCGAUCCGUUAAACCCUCCUUCUAUGAGUAUGUCACUCUGUUGUUCUGUGAUCUGGUAGGGUUUGGGCGCAUCUGCACACAGAGUACUCCAAAUGAAGUGGUGGAGAUGGUCAAUGGACUUUAUAUUGUCUUUGAUUCCUGCAUUGAGAAUUAUGACGUCUACAAUGCUGAGACCCUCGGUGGUACCUUCAUGCUGGCCUCAGGUAUUCCGAAUCGUAAUGGCGAUAAACACGUAGCUGAGAUCGCUUCAGUCUCUCUUGAUAUUGUUCAUCACAUCAGUCUUCUAGAGGUGCCUCAUAAACCACAAUCUGGCUUCCGGGUUCGGAUUGGUUUCCAUACAGGUCCAGUCGUUGCGGGCGUUGUUGGUUUGGACAUUCCACGUUAUUGUAUCUUCGGUAAAACUGUUACCAUGGCAUCCCGCAUGCAAUCCACCGGACUCUCCAGCCGUAUUCAAGUCAGUGAUGCAUCAUACAUGGCUCUACUGGAGUUAGGAGGGUUCUAUCUGAUGAAACGGAAGGACACUGUAAGCCAUAGUUCAUUUCCCCAGACUUACUGGCUGGUAAGCAGAGAUGAUUUCAAGACUAAGCAACUUACUCCUGAGUUCAGAGGUGGUUACCAUGAAUUGAAGUACAUGUAUGAACACAUGUACGCCCAGUCCUAUACGGGGAGGAUCCAGUACAGACAGGGUCGACUAGACAAGCGCAACAAACCAUGGCUCACGGAAUAUUAG